AUUUUAUCGUUCUUAUUACGAUGGAUCGAUCCUAGAAAAUGUUACAAACAAAACCUAAGCCUAAAUUUAAUCGGAAUCGACGCCCCGGGAAUUAUUGGCGAACAUUUUUUCAUCGAUGUGUUUCAAUUAUAUUAAUAAAAGAUGAUUCGGUAGCGUGUAAUGUCUAUACUGACCGAAUAGCGGAUGUUUUGAAAUCGAGUUUAUGAAAUUGCUUUGUAAAAUAUUAAGCAAUAGAUUGUUUCUGCUACGAGGCAGGGUGGGAGAGGGUCAAUUGUUAAAUGCCGCAAUAUUUUAUUGAAAGCCAGAAUUUUGCGUCCGUUUUGUUUUCGUUAAACAAACGGACAAAUAUGUUUUCGAGCACGGGGUAUCGCGUAUUCGGUUUGUUACUGACUAUUCAGAUAACCGACUUAAAGGGGCCCAUUACGCAAAAUCAAGCCCUACACAUAUGCGAAGAAAAUACGCGUCAAUUAUUAAGCUUACUCACCCUCGCGUGUUUAAAUGCCGGCGGCGCGGCCGUAAGGGCGUGCGUGGACCGGCUUAGUUUCGCCGUAAGGGCUAAUAACAAUCAACCUUCGAUAAGUGCCCUGUCACUCGUAGCUGAGCAAUUUUUUAGAAACACGCGGUAUGACGAAUGCGCCGAUAUCAUCGCGGGUGCGACGGAGACGUUAAACGGACAAUGCGUUUCGGGAUAUUGUGGAUUUGUGCGCUGCAUAAGACGUAUUAAUUCAGAUAAAUUGAUAGCGGACUGUUUUAACCAAGCGAGCGAAGACAACCCGGCCCAGUUAGAAGAAGAACAAGUAAUUCUGUUCAAGAACAUCACAUCCUGCAUAUUGGCGAUGAGUAGAUGUUCGGCUAUCAACCCGAUAACAGGACAAAGACAGGAAAAUACGUUUUCCACGACGACGUUCAAUAAUCCAUUGGGAAAACCUGUUACUACUACAGUUCCGUUGUACAACGCUCUACAAAUAAACCAAGCGGGCGAUUUGCGAGUCAUAGCAUUUCCUGGGACAAUCGCGAUCCAAAGAUAUUUUUGCCCAUACGAAUUUAAUUUGAGACAGUCAUCCUGGCUGACUUAUAAUUGUUAAGACUACCGAAAUAUACGUAUUAUUAUCGAUAUUAUUCUAUGACGCAUUUAUACUAAUUAGUAAAUAUUGCACCAAGAAUGGAAAAUUUGCUAAUGGUGUUUUCCACGAAGUCAGCGAAUGAG